GAGCUGAAGCAUCCGGGCCCAGCUGCGCAGAGAUGCAACGUACGUAGACGCGACCUGCGGGCACACUGCCGCGCCUUCUCCCUAAUGCCAUGGUUAAAACAGUGUUAAGAUUUAUUUUUGUUUCUUUUGAAAUGGCGCCCCUGAAGUCGAGGUGAUCCGCUCGCCUGCGGGAGUACUGCGCACUCUUUUCUCGCUGUUUUUCCAGGGCAAGGAGCCAACACAAAUAAAUUCCCUUUUUUUUUUUUGUUCUUUUCUUUUACUACCUGCUAUCGUAUGAGGAAUCAUGACGACGGGGCAGGAUGAGAGCUCAGUCCGUGUGGCAUUGAGGAUUCGUCCUCAGCUGGCCCGAGAGAAGAUUGAGGGAUGUCACAUCUGUACGUAUGUGAUGCCUGGAGAGCCUCAGGUGAUCCUGGGGAAAGACAAGGCCUUCACCUACGACUAUCUGUUCGAUAUGGACUCACAUCAGGACACCAUUUACACCAACUGCAUAGAGAAGCUGAUCGAGGGCUGCCUUGAGGGCUACAAUGCCACUGUGUUUGCAUACGGACAGACGGGUUCAGGGAAGACCUACACCAUGGGGACUGGCUUUGACGUCAACAUAGCAGAUGACGAGCUGGGUAUCAUCCCCCGUGCUGUCCACCACCUCUUCAAGGGCAUUGAGGAGCGCCGGCGGACCGCCCAGGAGCAGGAACGUCCUGUACCAGAGUUUAAAAUCAACGCCCAGUUCCUUGAGCUUUAUAAUGAGGAAGUUCUGGACCUCUUUGACUCCACUCGAGACAUGAAGCAGAAAUCUCACAUUAAGAUCCAUGAAGAUGCCAACGGAGGAAUCUACACAGUGGGAGUGACCACACGGACGGUGUCCUCCGAGGCCGAGAUGAUGCAGUGCCUGAAACUGGGGGCCCUGUCUCGCACCACAGCUAGCACUCAGAUGAAUGUCCAGAGCUCUCGAUCCCAUGCCAUCUUCACCAUCCACCUGUGCCAAGUCCGCGUCUGUGCCUCUGACAAUCAAGAAAAUGACACUGAUAACCGAGUCACCAACGGUAACUCUGAGAUGGACGAGUAUGAGACGCUGACGGCCAAGUUUCACUUUGUGGACCUGGCCGGUUCUGAGAGGCUGAAAAGAACUGGGGCGACGGGUGAUAGAGCCAAAGAGGGCAUCUCCAUUAACUGUGGACUGCUCGCUCUGGGGAAUGUAAUCAGUGCUCUGGGUGACCGGAGCAAGCGGGCCUCACAUGUGCCUUACAGAGACUCCAAACUCACCCGUCUCCUGCAGGACUCAUUAGGAGGAAACAGCCAAACGGUGAUGAUUGCGUGCAUCAGUCCAUCUGACCGUGACUUCAUGGAAACUUUGAAUACAUUAAAGUAUGCCAACAGAGCCCGGAACAUCAAGAACAAGGUGGUGGUGAACCAAGACAAGGCCAGCCAGCAGAUCAGUGCUCUGAGGACGGAAAUCGCUCGACUGCAGAUGGAGCUCAUGGAGUAUAAGACGGGUAAACGUAUGGUGGGUGAGGAUGGCGUGGAAAGCUUCAGUGAUAUGUUCCACGAAAACUCAAUGCUGCAGACGGAGAACAGUAACCUGAGGGUGAGGGUGAAGGCCAUGCAGGAGACCAUUGAUGCCCAGCGGGCACGACUCACCCAGCUGCUCAGUGACCAGGCCAACCAGACCCUCGCCAGAGCAGGUGAAGGAGGUACAGAGGAAAUUGGAAACAUGAUUCAGAGUUACAUUAAAGAGAUUGAAGACCUUCGGGCCAAACUCCUGGAGAGCGAGGCUGUCAAUGAAAAUUUGAGGAAGAAUCUGUCUCGUGCCUCUAACCGUCAGUCGCUCUACGGAGGGUCCGGCCCUUUUUCCUCCUCUCUUCUGGCCCCGGAGAAGGAGACAGCUGACAUUAUCGAACUCGCUAAGAAAGAUUUGGAGAAACUGAAGAAACGAGAAAAGAAGAAGAAGAAAAGCGUCAACAAGGAAGAAGUUCCCGACAAUGAGCAAGAAAAGGGCACAGAGAAGGAAAUGACUGAGAGGGUCAGUGAGGACACAGAAAUGGAGGUCCAGGAUGGCAGUGACCAUGAGGAAGGAGAAGAGGAGGAAGAAGAUGAAGAAGAAGAGAUGGAUGUAGAGGAGAGCUCGGAUGACUCUGACUCAGAGUCAGAUGAAAAAGAGAAUUACCAGGCAGAUCUGGCCAACAUCACCUGUGAGAUUGCCAUUAAACAGAAGCUGAUUGACGAGCUGGAGAACAGCCAGCGGCGUCUGCACACACUCAAACAGCAGUAUGAGCAGAAGCUGAUGAUGCUGCAGUGCAAGAUCAGAGACACCCAGCUGGAAAGGGACCGCGUCCUCCAGAACAUGAAUUCAGUAGAAAGUGGUACAGAGGAUAAGGCUCGCAAAAUCAAGGCUGAGUACGAGAAGAAGCUGAGCCUCAUGAACAAGGAGCUUCAAAAGCUCCAGUCGGCUCAGAAGGAGCAUGCUCGCCUACUCAAGAACCAAUCACAGUAUGAGAAACAGCUGAAGAAGCUUCAGAUGGAUGUGGCAGAAAUGAAGAGGACUAAGGUCCGUCUCAUGAAGCAGAUGAAGGAGCAGCAGGAGAAGAACAGGAUGAACGAGUCUCGCAGAAACCGAGAAAUAGCUUCUCUGAAGAAGGACCAGCGCAGGCAAGAGCAUCAACUGAAGUUACUGGAAGCUCAGAAAAGGCAGCAGGAGCUUAUUCUGAGGAGAAAGACUGAGGAGGUGACAGCUCUGAGGAGGCAGGUCAGACCUACCUCUGGUAAGGUGAUCAGAAAGGCCAAUCUUCCAGAACCAGUCCAGGACUCUCCACACCGACCGCCCUCUGGACGCAUGUAUUCCUCCAGCAGCAGCGGUCCCAAUGGCACUUGGUCUUCUUACAGGCGUACAGGAGGUGUUUACUCCACCAGAAUGGCUCGCAACAAGUGGCAGUCUCUGGAGCGGCGGAUCUCCGAUGUCAUCAUGCAGAGGAUGACCAUCUCUAAUAUGGAGGCCGACAUGAACCGCCUUCUCAAGCAAAGGGAGGAGCUGACCAAGCGCAAGGAGAAGGUCCUCAGGAAGAGGGACCGGCUGCUCAGAGAGGGGCCAGAGGCAGAGAAGACGGUUCUUCCCCUCAAUGAGGAAGUGGAAGCAUUGACAGCCAACAUUGACUACAUUAACGACAGUAUCGCGGAUUGUCAGGCCAACAUCAUGCAGAUGGAGGAAACCAAGGAGGAAGGUGACACUGUGGACGUCUCUGCUGUGAUUGGGUCCUGUACUCUGGCGGAGGCUCGUUUCCUCCUCGAUCACUUCAUGUCAAUGGCGAUUAAUAAGGGCCUGCAGGCAGCUCAGAGGGAGUCUCAGGUGAAGGUGAUGGAGGGCAGAUUGAAGCAGACUGAAAUCACCAGCGCCACACAGAACCAGCUGCUCUUUCACAUGCUGAAGGAGAAAGCAGAGUUUAACCCGGAGCUGGAUGCACUGCUAGGGAACGCUUUGCAAGAGCUAGGUAACAUCCCGACUGAAAAUGGGGAUGAUAGCAGCAGUGAUGAAUCUGCCCAGAGCCCCUCUGCAGAGGGAAACACUCUGGCAACGGAUUACAUGAAACUUUGUGGAGAGACCAAAACGAGGAAUAAGGCUCGUCGGAGGACCACCCCUCAGAUGGAGUUGCUCUACGCUAACAGUGACUCUGCCCCUGAUGCACCCACUGUAGACUUUUCUAGUCCGAUGUUGCCGUUAGCUGAAACACCAGAUGCAGGCGGCGACAUGGAUUUGUCAGGCUCAUCAGUCAGGGACUACACAGCUCUCUCCCCUGGCUUUUCCUCUAAAAUGGGCAGCAUUUCUAGCUCCAGAAAUCCGCCAGGUGUGGAAAAGCGAACUCCUGAGCCCUCCCCACUCUCUCGCAGGAAGACCUAUGACAAGGCACAAGCAGCGGCUGACAGGGCAAAGGUCAAGGACAUGAAACAGGGUGUCAUUAACCCGGUGCCACCCACCAAGAGCAGCCGGUCGGCAACAUUACAGUGCGUUCACGUGGCAGAGGGACACAGUAAAGCCGUUUUAUGCGUUGACUGCACUGACGACCUCCUCUUCACAGGAUCCAAAGACCGGACCUGUAAGGUGUGGAAUCUGGUGACGGGUCAGGAGAUUAUGUCCCUAGCAGGUCACCCCAACAAUGUGGUGUCAGUCCGCUACAGCUCCAGUUUGGUCUUUACUGUCUCUACCUCCUACAUCAAAGUCUGGGACAUUCGGGACUCGGCCAAAUGCAUCCGAACACUAACGUCCUCUGGUCAAGUUAAUGUCGGGGACGCCUGUGCAUCUAACACCAGCCGAACAGUCACCAUCCCAGCAGGAGAGAACCAGAUCAACCAGAUUGCUCUCAACCCCAACGGCACAAUCCUGUACGCUGCUGCUGGAAACUCUGUCAGAGUCUGGGACCUGAGAAGGUUUGCCUCCACUGGAAAACUGACUGGUCACCUUGGUCCAGUAAUGUGUCUGACUGUGGAUCGGUCUGGAAACAACCAGGAUCUGGUUAUCACUGGGUCCAAGGACCAUUACAUCAAGCUGUUUGACGUGACUGAAGGCUCUCUGGGAAGCAUCAGCCCCACACACAACUUUGAACCACCACAUUAUGAUGGUAUUGAGUCACUGGUAAUCCAGGGGGACAUUUUCUUUAGCGGCUCCCGAGACAAUGGCAUCAAAAAGUGGGACCUGGACCGCAAAGACCUACUGCAGCAAGUUCCAAACGCUCACCGUGACUGGGUUUGUGCACUUGGGGUCGUCCCUGGAUCACCAGCCCUGCUGAGCGGUUGCAGAGGUGGGGUGUUGAAGCUGUGGCACACAGACACACUGGGAACACUGGGAGAGCUCAAAGGUCAUGAGAGCCCCAUCAACAGCAUCUCUGCCAACAGCAGCCACCUGUUCACUGCCUCCGACGACCGGACUGUGAAGAUCUGGCGUGCACGUGGUGGACUGGACGGCACCUUAGAAGUGGUUGAUACUGUAGAUGAGGUGGCCAGUAACUGAACACAGUACCACUUGCUUGGUUUGAUUGUAGAAGGAUGUAAAGGCACUCCUGCCCUGCACUUUGACCCCUUAACUUUUCAAGCCUAAACAACAUACCUUCCAUAUCACGUGACCUUUAUGACUGAGCCAACAGGAAACGCUAGUAAUCUCAUGACAGUGGAAGCUAACACAUUAGUUCUAUUCUUAGACCCUGUAUGCUCAGAGGGUCUCACUAACUGGGAUUUAGUUAACUGUAUUGUUAAUGACUUGUAUUUCUCUCUUUUUGUGCUGUAGAGGAUUCGUCAUUAUGGAUCAUUAUAAGAACUUAUAUUCACAAGAUGUUAUAGGGUAUGUUGAACACACGCACUAGACAGUAUCUCUGCAGCUCGGCUUACAUUCAGCACGGUGCCACGAUACAACACAGGCAAACCUCCCAAAAAAAGGAUGUAGUGUGUUUUGUCAGAGUAGGGAAAUGCACACAUGAAGAUAAGAUAAAUGCAGCAGAGCUAAUGGGUUGGUAGCUGGUCUUCACAACCCAGUUCUCCAGUUUGUUGAUGGUUCUGUUUGGCGUGCAGAGGAACUGAUAUUCCCUCACUCCUGUUCCUAAGAGCAGCAAAAGUGGCUGUAUGUGGAAGAAGACAAAUCACUCGACCCCUUAAGAUCCUUCUCCUGCUUUUGUGCUCCUUUCAGUUUCUGCAGCAGCUUUAGAUCAGUGACCAAAAAUGUGUAACGUGGUGUUUUUGCUGUCCUCAACUGCACUUGUAAACUGAACACACUUUACCGUAGCUGUACUUUAAUGCUAAAGUUUGACAUUUGGGGACAAGUCAAAUUAAAUGAGCUCAUUUGCGUUCUUGCUGAGAGUUAGAUAGGAAGAUCAGUGGCAUUAAAGUCACCUCUAAAGAUCACUAGUUUAAACCUUAGAUCUCAUUUGUUUAAUCGGUAGAAAAGCUGAAGUGUAAAAACGGCAUUUUGUCAUUUUACAGGUGAUUAUGUGCCAAAAUGUUUCUUGGACAGGCUCAGUAACUCCCUAAUACAGUUUCUACGCUUUAGCUUUCCCGUAAAUUAAACAAAUUAGAUUUCAUUUUCUAACUACUGAGUUUUAAAUGUGUGGCACGCUGAUUUUGUCACCUUUUGCCAAAACCAGGCUGAAGGAUUCUGUGUUUCCAGCCUUUAUGAUAAACUAAGAAAAGUGGCUGUUGGAUGCAGUUUCCUAUCACAUAAUCAUGGAAGGGACUACUUCUUUUUUUUUUUUUUUUAUCUACCUCUCAUUAAGAAAACAGUUAACACAUGUUUCCCAACAUGUCAAACUAUGAGGUGCAAUCACAAAGUUACAUGACUGUACCCGUUAACAUCUAAAACACUAUCUGACUGGACAAUAUCCCCUUCGGCAAUGUGUCUUUCUGCAACACUGACAGCGUUUGCAGACGUCAUCUCACCAUGCACCUUGAAUUUGUGCAUUAUCAACAUAUCCAACAUUUAUUUUGAGAAUCCUCUCUGGUAAAGACAGCCGGGUUUUCAGCUACAACCCAGAGACCGAACAGCAAUUUAGUGGAAGAGUCUGCAGUGUCCAAGCCUGAGGAUGGCAUUUCAAGUCAGGAAUGUGCUCAUCAAUUUGCUUUGCACCCCAAGAAUUCUCCCCGGGUCAGACUGUACAGUCUGAGGGGGAGCAUUGAGUAGUCACACUAAAACAAUCUUUGCUGCCCAACUCAGCAAACUCCCUACUUACAGGUUUUACCCUCCCACCCCCUGGCUGCAUCCUCUUUUCCAAAUUUCAAGUUGCAGUGGCUGUUUUGACACAGUGGAGACAGUGCUGGUGUCCAAGUGAUCAAAAAUGUUCUUCCACAAAACAGUGAAACACAUGACACCAUUGUGAUGCCCUACUGUGCUGACCAACUGUAAUUCAAAACUUGAAUUUAUCUGGUGAGUGGUGCAGUGAUUAGUACAGUCGCCUCACAGCAAGAAGGACCUGGGUAUGAAUCUUGCAGCUGACUGAGGCCUUUCUGCUUCCUCCCACAUGCGUAAUAGAAGAGCCGGAGGUUCUAAAUUGGCCAAAGGUGUGAAUGUGAGCACGAUUUGCUGUCAGUCUCACUGUUGAAGACCCUUUUCCCACAACCCUGAAUUGGAUAACCACUUUAGAAAAUGGAUGGAUGAUCUUGUAUUGUUUGUUUUUGAAUGGGUGGAGAGGCAUAACUUUAUCAUUGCACCUCAUAUAUCUUUAAUUCUUGAGCACAUGAAAAAAAAAACACAAUUAGUCUCUGAGAUUCACCUAAUCCUUCUUAAAACAGGUUCAGCAUUGAGGAUAGUCUACACUUCUUGUCCAUGUUUCAUUGUGUGUAAAAAAAAAAAAAAAAAUAUAUAUAUAUAUAUCUUCACACAUGCUGGUAACACACACUGCACCUACACUACUAAGUUGUCGUCUUAUCCCCAUGCGGCUAAAGGCAUAUGUUCACCUUCUCAACCCUAUAAGAGGGCUUCUUGUCGUGGACUCCAGGUGAGGUCCACUCAGUACCGUAGCUGUGUAUGUGUGUAUAUAAAUGUAAUGGUAUCUCUUUGUUGUUGAGAGGAGAGGCCUUCUGACUCAGCCAGUGUUAUUUGCCUAUUACCACAGCGACCCAACAUCUGUCUCCCAGUUCUGAUCCUUGUGGGGCCUUCCAGGAGUCACCCGUGGUCUCCGUGAUUUAACUGACCUGCCUGUCAUGAUUGUGUGCUGUCAUUUAUGAAUGUUUGGUGAAACAGCAGCUGCAGGAAUUAUUCAACUACAUAUGAAAUGUAUGUAAACAAUGUAUGUAACAAACAAAAAAAAAAAUCUGAUUGUUAGUUUUGUGGGACCACCAUCUGAACGCAGUCUCACACUAGAGCCGAGAGGACGGUAACGGGCACGAAGACUGACGAGUAGCAUUAGUAAUGCUUUGGAUUGAGCUUUUCCUUCAGACAGGUUGUGUUUAGUGGCCUUUGGUUAGUUUCUUUCCUUUGUUUUGUUCGUUAUGCCCUUCUUGUUCCACAUAUCCACGGCGCUCCCCCCCCUCCUGUUUUAGGAGCCAUUCUCCAAUGGCGGACUCUGUAGCGAUUCUAAUGUCAGAUGCCUGGUCAGAAUAAAUGCCAUCUGUCAAAAACAA